AUGGCUGAUGUAAGAGAUGUUGCUUAUGAUGCAGAUGACAUUAUUGAUGGCUUCAUAUUCAAAGGAAAACAUCAAAGGAAGAAAGGUUUGAUUAACUUUGUUGAGAGAUAUUGUUUUGUUUUGAAUGAAUUGAUUGCUCGCCAUAGAGUCAAUAAGAAGAUAGAGGGAAUCAAGAUGAGGAUCCAAGCAAUUGCUGAAAGUAGAUCAACCUAUGGAAUUGAAAAUAUUGGAAUAGAACGAAUAAACUUCGCAAGUAGAAAACUGCAUGAGAAGCGAAAAUCGUCUCCUUAUGUCAAUGAAGAGGAUAUUGUUGGUUUGGAGGAAGAUGUAAAGAUAUUGCAAGCACGGUUAUUGGGAGGAGAGUCACGACGGUCUGUGAUUUCCAUCGUCGGAAUGGGAGGUUUAGGUAAGACUACUCUUGCUAAGAAAGUUUACAACAGUAGUGAUAUUAAGAAACAUUUUGACUGUUUGGCUUGGGUUUACAUCUCUCAAGAACAUAGAGUGGAGGAGAUUUUGCAGGACAUGGGAAAGCGAGUCUUGGGGCUUGGAAAAGUGGAAAUGGAGAAAAUGAUUAAGAAGGAGCUGGAGGAGAUGCUGUCAACAUUCCUGGAGGAUAGAAGGUAUUUGGUGGUCAUUGAUGAUAUAUGGAAAAUAGAAGUCUGGAAUGAUUUACAAGCAAUCUUUCCAGAUAGAACAAAUGGAAGCAGAGUGAUGUUUACUAGUCGCUUCAAAGGUGUGGCUUUACUUGCUGAUCCUAGAAGCCCUCCUCAUGAGUUGCACUUUCUAAAUGAUGAGGAAGGUUGGGUGCUGUUAUCAAAGAAGGUAUUUGUGCGAAGGAAUACUUUGACAAGUUUUCCUCUGUGGUUAGAGGAAAUUGGAAAACAAAUCGUGAGAAAAUGCGGGGGUUUACCAUUAGCCAUAUCUGUAUUAGGUGGUCUCUUAUCCACCAAAGAUGAGACCUUUGGUGAGUGGAUGAAAGUGUUGCAGAGUGUACAUUGGCAGCUAACUAAUAGUGCAGAACAAUGCUCAGAAAUCUUAGCAUUAAGUUACAAUGAGUUGCCUUUUUAUUUGAAGCCAUGCUUCCUAUAUGUAGACAUCUUUCCUGAAGGUUAUGAGAUCUCUGCAAGGAGGUUGACUUUGUUGUGGAUUGCAGAGGGGUUUGUGCAACAAAGAGGUGAUGAACCACUGGAGGAUGUUGCAGAGGACUAUUUGGAAGAGCUUAUAGGAAGGAACAUGAUUCAAUUGGCAAAAAGGAAGUACAAUGGAAGGGUCAAAACUUGUUGUGUGCACAAUCUUCUUCGUGAUCUUGCUAUAUCAAAAUCCAAGGAGGAUAAAUUUCUUGAUUUCUUUCAUGGAGGCACCAAAGUUGGAUCCAUAAUUAGAGCUUGUCGACUUGCUGUGCAUCUUGGAGUUCCCCCUCUAAAUAAAGAUACUCCUCACUACCGUUCUUUGUUUUGCUUUGACCUUGGUAAGCCCAUCUUCAGUGAAAUUGUCAAAUUUAAAUUGUUGAGAGUGCUUGACUUGGAGGGUGUGUAUAUGCCUAAGCUUGAUAAUGCUUUCGGAAAUUUAGUUCAUUUGAGGUACUUGGGUUUAAGCGGGACUUGGUUGAAAAAGAUUCCAUCAUCCAUCUGCAACCUCUGGAACUUACAAACAUUAGAUAUAAGAUCCACCUUGGUCAAUCCCAUCCCUUGUGAAAUUUGGAAGAUGGAGCAACUAAGAAACUUGUAUCUAAAUGAGCUCAGUGAAAUGGGUGUGCAUCCCAUUGCUGGUGAUUCAUUAGUGAAUCUCCAGUCAUUGCAGGGGAUCUUUAUAGGUGGAACCAGCUGUAUAGAGAAUGCUUUGGGCAAGUUGACUAAUCUUAGAGAACUUGGAGCAUGUGGUGAUUUAGAAUUGCAAGAAGAGGCCUUGGCGCUGUGGAUUGUCAAUUUGAAUCAACUUCAAUGCUUGAAGUUGGAGGCAAUAUCCAGGGCUGAGGGCAGAACUAGAUUCAGAGUUCCAAUACCAACGUUGAUGCCAUUUUCAAAUCACAUGCAUCUCUGCAAGCUAAAUUUGAAAGGAUUGAUGAAGAAGCUACUUGACCCAGAUGAAUUCCCACCAAACCUUACUGAGCUAUCAUUGCAAGACUCCUUCUUAAUGCAAGAUCCCAUGGAAACACUGCAGAAGUUAAGGAACCUCAGGAUUCUCAAGCUGAAGCGAUCAUCCUAUAUGGGAAAGGUAAUGAUUUUCUCUACUGGAGGGUUUCCUCAACUUCAACUGUUGAAGCUUUCUUUCUUAAAUGCAUUAGAGGAAUGCAGGAUCAAUGAAAGGGCAAUGAGAAAUCUUAGACAGUUGGAAGUUAUUGAAUGCAGACGACUAAAGUUUGUUCCACAAGGAUUAAGACCUCUGACUGCACCCUGCGAAUUGAAGUUGGGUUAUAUGCCACAUAAAUUUGAAAUGAAGGCUCAAGAACAUGAGGGGAAUGUUUGGUAUAAAAUCCAACAUGUACCUCCUCUUUAACUAAAUAGCAUUACUCUUAGAGGGAUUAAGAUAGCUUCU